CGGCGAGCUCUGUCUGUCUGUCGGUGUGUGUAUAUGUGUGUGCGCGCGCGGUGUGAGGCUUUGGACUGAUGUCUCUGCCUGUCAGGAAUUUAAAGUGUCUCUCGCCGGUCAUGUGCCAGUGUAAGCUCAUCUGCAGCAACCGGACGCUGUCCCUCAUGUUCGGGUGCAAGAAGUACAGGUACCAGGAUGAGGAGACGCCCCCCUUGGAGCACAGUCCAGCACAUCUGGCUCCAGGGAAAAGUGCCGAGAUGCUUCACAUGAGUGACAAGAACCUCGCUGCCAUGGAGGCCAUACAUGGAUACACACCGCACACACACAUCUCUCCUGUCAAGCCUGUGUUGAUGUCUUCGGGACACACUCCAAUGUACACCUCCGCUGUCUCCACACUGGGAAAUACUCCUCCAGUGGUGGUGAACACUGACACACUCGAUGGCUCCCCAUAUGUAAAUGGGACAGAAGGAGAAAUUGAAUAUGAGGAGAUCACACUGGAAAGAGGUAACUCCGGCCUGGGCUUCAGCAUAGCAGGAGGAACAGACAACCCUCAUGUGGGCGACGACCCGAGCAUCUUCAUCACCAAAAUCAUACCUGGAGGGGCCGCGGCUCAGGAUGGACGGCUGAGUGUGAAUGACUGCAUCCUAUUUGUGAAUGAUGUUGACGUGAGGGAGGUGACACACAGCCAAGCUGUGGAGGCCCUUAAGGAGGCAGGUGCUAUCGUGCGCCUCUACGUUCUCCGCAGAAAACCAGCAGCAGAGAAAGUCACUGAAAUCAAACUCAUCAAAGGGCCUAAAGGAUUAGGUUUCAGCAUUGCUGGAGGGGUGGGAAACCAGCACAUACCAGGAGAUAACAGUAUCUAUGUCACCAAGAUCAUUGAAGGCGGAGCGGCUCAUAAAGACUGUCGCCUGCAGAUCGGGGACAAGAUCUUAGCGGUGAACAACGUGUGUCUGGAGGAUGUGAUGCAUGAAGAUGCGGUGGGGGCUCUGAAGAACACAGCCGAGGUGGUGUACCUCAGGGUGGCCAAGCCCAACAACCUGUUCCUGGCCAACUCCUACAACCCACCAGACCUCACCAGCACAUAUUCCCAUAUGGACACUGAACUCAGCCACCCCGGCUAUCUUGGAUCAGAUUACCCACAAGCCCUCACUCCCACCUCGCCUAGUCGGUUUUCUCCUGUUCUGCAUGGCAUGAUGGGAGAUGAUGACAUCCCGAGGGAGCCUCGCAGAGUUUUGAUCCACCGAGGCUCCACUGGUCUGGGAUUCAACAUCGUCGGAGGGGAGGACGGAGAGGGAAUCUUUAUCUCCUUCAUCCUGGCGGGGGGGCCAGCUGACCUCAGCGGAGAGCUGCACAAGGGCGAUCAGAUCCUCAGUGUGAACGGCGUCGACCUGCGUAUGGCCACACACGAACAGGCGGCUGCUGCCCUGAAGAACGCCGGCCAGACGGUGACCAUCAUCGCUCAGUACAGACCCGACGAGUACAGUCGUUUUGAGGCUAAGAUCCAUGACCUGAGGGAACAGCUGAUGAACAGCAGUAUGGGCUCUGGGACCACAACGCUAAGGAGCAACCCAAAGAGAGGCUUCUACAUCAGGGCUCUUUUUGACUAUGACAAGACUGCAGAUUGUGGCUUCCUCAGUCAGGCUCUGGGCUUCAGGUUUGGGGAUGUGCUGCAUGUGUUGGACUGUGGAGACGAGGAGUGGUGGCAGGCCCGUAAGGUCAGCCCCCAGAACGAGGCUGAGGAGGUCGGCUUCAUCCCUAGCAAGCACAGGUCAGACUUUUUCCUGGUGGAAAGAAAAGACUGGUCUCGUGGUAACACCAAAGAGAGGGACCAUGGUCGAGACAGCCUGGGCACUCUAGGGAGAGAUAAAACCUCACAAAGUUAUGAGACUGUCACCCAAGUGGAAGUUCAUUAUGCGAGACCCAUCAUCAUCCUGGGCCCUGUGAAAGACAGGAUAAACGAUGACCUAUUGUCUGAAUUCCCUGAUAAGUUUGGAUCUUGUGUUCCACACACCACACGGCCCAAGAGGGAGUAUGAGGUGGAUGGGCGGGACUAUCACUUUGUGUCGUCACGGGAACAGAUGGAGAAGGACAUCCAGAGCCAUCGGUUCAUCGAGGCGGGCCAGUACAACAGUCACCUGUACGGCACCAGCGUGCAGAGCGUCCGCGAGGUGGCUGAGCAGCAGGGGAAGCACUGCAUUCUGGAUGUAUCGGCGAACGCUGUGCGCAGACUACAAGCCGCUCAGCUUCAUCCCAUCGCCAUCUUUGUCCGACCCAAGUCACUGGAGAAUGUCCUAGAGAUCAACACUCGCCUGACUGAGGAACAGGCCAGGAAAGGAAUGGACCGAGCCCUCAAACUAGAGCAAGACUUCAUAGAGUGUUUCUCGGCUGUCGUGGAGGGGGACAGCUUUGAAGAGGUUUAUCACAAAGUAAAGACAGUGAUCGAGGAGCAAUCGGGGCCUUACAUCUGGAUCCCCACCCGGGAGAGGCUGUGAUGCUGCACCCCUCCAAAAUCCACCCCUUUUAUCACAACCACCGACGACACCACCCUCCACCCUCACGGCCAGCCUCGCCUGCCUGUCUGUCCUCCAGCAAAGUCAGUGCUUUAGGCGUCACUGAGAAUGACACAGAGAGACAAAUGCAUACCAAGACCAACACAGAGACUGAGACAAACACAGGAAGUGACACAGCGAGGCAAAGAGCGACCAAAAAAGAGACUCUGAGACAGAUGUGAGCACAGCGAUGUGUAAUUAGACUGAAAAUACUUAAUCAGUAUUCCACUUUUAUGAGGCAGAACUGAGUAUUGAGGCUCUGUUAACACUCGGCAUCAAAAUGCAUCUUGGACAGCUUUAAAUGCAGCUGUGACUGCAGCUGAAAACUGGGCAAGCAAAUGUCCUGUUGAUUACGUGCUGCCAAACAACUCUGUGUGUACGCAGUUGCAGUUUAAAUGCAAAAAGGAAGCAAAAUAUAAUCACAAGCGAUUUCCUUGAGAGAUUUCAGAUGCAUUCUGAUGCCAGGUGUGAACUGCUGUCUGAAUUUAUCUGGACAUUAGGUCUGAACAGGGCUUGACAGAGAGCAGAGGGGGACCCAGCAGGGCGGACCCCGAGGUAGUAUUAACACAACCUCACCCUCCCCACCCCUCUUAAGUCUCUGCCCCCAUAAACACCAUCACGCGCCUAUGUCUGAGAUGGAGGUGCUCAAAAAAUAAACUUUUUGUAUCAUCUCCUGGCUUUCUCUGCUCCUCCUCCUGUCGGCUCCGCCUUGUUUCGGGACAGGGAACGGGGAACACUGAGAACAUCCUGCUGAGUCCCUCUAGACAACGUGUCUUUUUCUCGACAAAGAGUCCCUUUUUCUCGUGAAUCUCCUCUUGGCUCUGAGCGUGAACUCCGAAUAACACCUCAGUGACCGAGCCUGACACUUGCUCAAUCACCCAUGUUGAAUAUUGCGAGGCAUUAUUUAAAGGCAGUUCAAAUUAUUAUAAUGAUUAAAAACUCAUAUGCUGAAUUUGUGCAUGCAUCCUCAAAGACAAUGGACACAAAAACAAUGGUAAAAAAAAUCUGACACAAAAAAAUAAGAAAAAAAAUGAUGAAAGCGAAAAGUAGGGUGUGUUCUCUUUCUCCACCUCCUUAUUGUGGAGGAGUUUUUUAGCAUGUCUCAUGAAGGAAGAAGAGAAGAGAGACACGGUGAUGAGUUAGGGAGGCCGUAGAUGCUCCGACAUGCAGUUUAGCCUCUGCUCUCUUACGCACACACACUCACGCAAACACACCCAUGCACCAACACAAACACACGUGUAGAGAUGUAACCUCAGCUGUAGCCUAGCACACUCCUCUACAGGGCGACUGGCUGCUCUGACCUGCUAGUCAGAAUCCAGGAUGAAUGUUAUCUCUCUAGGCACAAACAGCAGAGCUCCAUCGCACCACAGCCGACUCACCCACCACUCUUCCAAAAGAACCCCUCAGCCGCAGACGUACACACUGUUUCCAGUGGCCGCAGUAAAAAGCCAUGGCGUGUGUGUGUGUGUCUGCAUGUGCGCGUGGGUCGCUGUGUGUGCACAUUCAUGUGUGGAAAGCUCCUCUGUGUGGGAGGAAUAGGUCUUCUUUUAUUCUCUCUCUUCCACUUUUUCUCUGCUUCUUUCUCCCUCUUGUGUCCACACAGAUUAAAGAUAAGUCAUGUUUAACAAAUAAAUGGCCUAUAUAUAUAAAUACAAGUAUAAAUAUGAAUAUAAAUAUAUAUAUAUCUUUUUUAUGGCAAUUUCUAACGGGACUAAGUCUGUAAAAAUCAACAUCUCCAAACAAUAUUCCAUUGAUUCCUUUGGGUAAUAUUGCAGUUUGGUUGUUGAAUUUACUCACACUCCCAUUUUAUUGUUGUAAAACGCAGCAAAAAGCAGAUAUAACUGAACCGUUCAACGUAAAGUAGACCUCACACCAGAGCUUGAACUGACACAUUUGACACACUCUUGUGUACGUUGAAAACCAAUGGCAACACAUGUAGAAUGCAGCUGUGUGUGUCUGACUGUGUGCGCGUGCAUCUGUGUGUUUGCAGCUUGUGUGUCUGUGCGGGUGACAAGAAAGCGUGUGUCGUGUAUAAACUAUAAAUGAUACUAUAUGAGAAUAUCUAUCCUUUAUAACAUCCACAGGUGGUUAUAAUGUAUAAUACAUUAAUGGGUGGUGUGCGUAUGUGUGUGCGCCCGAGCGAGAGUGAGACAUGCACAUGACGAUGUAGUGCAAUACUGCUAUGAUGUUAUGCAAUGAAGAUGGUUUUACGUGUCUAAGAUUUAAAAAAAGUAUUUAUAAAGUUUGCACUGACGGCAUUAUAUGCUACAGGUAUCAGCGAGAAAAAACGAUAGUGGACUCAAGGGUUUUAUGAGCAUGUGUUUGUAUUUACUUAUAAUUUGUUCUGAAUUAUAAGAGUGAAGGUGGAAGUGUUGAUGGAAGUGACCAUUCAUAUUUAUUGUUUGUUUAUUUCACUUGCUUCUCUCAGCUCAGGGCUGAAGCCUGUGAAUGACAAGUAUGAAGUUUUAUGAUUUAUUAUUUAUUUAAGACUGUCACAGGUUCCAUCUCAAGUCUGUAUUUUUUUGUAUUUUCUUUCCACAUUGAGAGUGCUUUUGGGUCUCGGGCAGAGAUGCUGUAAAUAUAUUGGAGAUGUUGGAGUGCUGUGUGGCUUUAUAUUUAGCCGUGCACACUGCUGAAUUGACAUGAGUACGGGAUCCAUCAGAGCCACAGCCCAGUUAAACAGCUCAAACACAGAAAAAACAUCUGCACACACACACACAUAUUUCCGCACAUGCAUCAACAUUUAGACAUUGAGAGAAUCACAGAAACACAUGACAACACAUCUAUGAAUGGAAUAAUAUGUUUUCAAUUUCUUUAUUUGAGGGUUCAAUGUAUUUCUUAAUAUCUCUCUCAGCCAUCCGUAUCAUAGUGUGAUAUUCCUUAUAAAAAUAUAUGAAUUUUUACAGAAAAGACUGAAUACAAAGUUACAACAAAGUCAACUGAUGCAGAAAAAUAUAUUUAACGAUGACAAUAUCAAGCAAAAUAAAAUGUUCCAGUUCAGUGAAGCGCUUGUUGUAAAUUAGCUAUAAAAUAAUAAAAUGAAU